AUGGCAACGACCGAUCCGAUCCGCGCGGUACGCGGCGCCCCCUUGCCGCUGCCGCUGCCGCACGCGCGCUGGGGUGCCCGGCGAACGUUCCGACAGAAGGACGGGUGCUCGAUCGCGCUCGCCACUCUCGGGGUGGAGACCGGGAAGGCGAGAAGCCGCGAGAAGGCGAGAAGGCGUGGCGGUGGGGGGAGGGCGCGGCAUGCGUCGGGCAGGGCGGGCUGGUUAGUAGCCACGUGGAGUGGUAGUAAGGUGUAUGGCAGCUUCGGCGGGAUGCCGGUGCGUCCACGCAGCCCAUCUUCGCGAAGCACCGUCGUCGCAAACCCCAAAUCGCAAACGAUGGAGCAGCGUUCAGCCAUCCUUCGCGAGCAGGACACGGCUGCAGAGAUCUGUGCUGAGGCAGGCGAAGACAGGAUCCGCAUUCCUGUGCGCCUUGCGGUCUGA